AUGAAGGCGGUGUCGCUCAUCGCCAAAGGGUAUCCCAGAGGAAGCAAGCAACUCAUUGGGCCAUUUAAGUCUCUCUUCGGGCCGGAUGACGCCGCCGCGUGGUUCGGCUCGAGGGGGGUGACGCUCAAAACGGAGGGGGAUGGACGCAUGUUUCCUGUUACGGACGAUAGCCAGACGAUCAUCGACUGCCUGGAAGAGGCCGCGCGCAAAGCCUCAGUCGAGGUCGUCACUUCUGCAAGAGUCACGUCCGUGCUUCGAGCCGAACCCGCGGAAGCCGGUAAUGCCACCGAUGGCGCCGAUGGUGUCGAAGCACAACCACAGCAACAGCCGCCGCGGUUUGAGCUGGAGUUCGCCACGGCGACACCACUCCCGCCUGCUGUGCGAAAAGCACUCGGGGUAUCAGCAGCGGGGAUCGCAAUAGCAGGGGAAGGCAGUGGGGCCACCGGGGCUGCGAGAGAAGGCCACGGCUGGGCGAAGAAGCUCGGGCACGCGGUGUCACCUCCUGUCCCGAGCCUUUUUACGCUCACGAUCAGAGACCCGAGGUGGUUAGAAGGGUUGUCCGGGCUGUCGGUCCAAGACGCCCAGCUCAAGCUCUUCGCUGACGAGAAACCCGAGAGUUCUUCCGCCGCGAAGGCUGGAAAACCAGCCGGGAGCAGAGGCUCGGCGGAGGGGGAGGGAGGGGUUGGAGAGGACGAUGCUCUGCCGGGGCGGGCGGAGGCGGCGGCAGUAGCGGCAGGCAACGGCGAGUCUGCCGGCGGUGGCAAGAAGAAGAGGAAACGGGGGAAGCAACGGGCGGCCGUGACGCAGCGAGGACCGCUCUUGAUAACGCAUACCGGGGUGUCUGGACCGGCCGCGUUAAAGCUGUCGGCUUUCGGGGCGCGAGUACUGAACGAGAGCGGCUACAGGGGCAGGCUUGUGGUGAACUGGAUGGCAGGGAACAACCCGAGCAAGACUCUUGACGACCUCCAAGCGUUCCGUACAAGGAACGCGAAGAAGACCGUGUACGCGUUCUGCCCCGUUGUUGGCAGCGGGGCGCUAGGUUCCUCUGUGAGUUCGGGAGGACGACCACAGUCGCCGCAGCCGCCGUCUAUCUCGAGCCUACCCCGCCGCCUGUGGCAGAGCUUGGCGCUGGCGGCGGGCGUGGCAGCGGGAGACAAGUGGGCAGACUUGUCGAAGGCGAAGCUCUCGGCCUUGGCGCAGCAGCUGACAGCCUGUGAAUUUCAGAUCGUCGGCAAGGGGUCCUUCAAGGAGGAGUUCGUCACCUGCGGAGGCGUCGCGCUCUCGGCUCUCGACAUGCGUACGAUGGAGAGCAAGACCGUCGCCGGGCUCCACUUCGCCGGGGAGGUCGUCGACGUGGACGGCGUUACCGGCGGUUUCAACUUCCAGAGCGCGUGGACAACUGGGUGGGUGGCGGGCAGCGCGAUCGGUUCGGCCGCAAGUGCCGAAGGGACCACCACCACCUGCGCAGUGGAGGAAAGCUGAGAUGCCGUAGGGUUAAGCACCGGCCGCAGACAUGGACGGCGGAAGCAUUAACAUGCCAAUGAGUUGGAUGAACGGCGAGUUUGUACCCCUUCGGUGUGACCGUAAAUCGGAGGUAUGGAGCUUCGCCGCGCGAGGGAAGACUGUAGAGGGUGGGCGGCUGGUGGUGCAACAGGCUAACGACGAGUGUACAUCGGGCGGCUCCUUGUGUCUGG